AUGGCGUAUCUGCUGCAAGGCCGGCUGCCCAUCAAUCAAGAUCUGCUGCUGAUGCAGAAAGGCACAGUGAUGCGCAAGGUGAGGUCCAAAAGCUGGAAGAAGCUAAGAUUCUUCAGACUUCAGGACGAUGGCAUGACCGUCUGGCAUGCCCGGCAGGCCGGAGGCAGGGCCAAGCCCAGCUUCUCAAUCUCCGACGUGGACACAGUACGUGAGGGCCACGAGUCUGAGUUGCUGCGCAACCUGGCAGAGGAGCUCCCCCUGGAGCAGGGCUUCACCAUCGUCUUCCAUGGCCGCCGCUCCAACCUGGACCUGGUGGCCAACAGCGUCCAGGAAGCCCAGACCUGGAUGCAGGGGCUCCAGCUGUUGGUGAGCUUUGUCACCAACAUGGACCAACAGGAGAGGCUGGACCAACCUGGAUGGCUGAGUGAUUGGUUCCAGCGUGGAGACAAAAACCAGGAUGGUCGGAUGAGUUUCGGAGAGGUCCAACGGUUAUUGCACCUGAUGAAUGUGGAAAUGGACCAGGAAUAUGCCUUUCAGCUUUUCCAGACAGCAGACACAUCCCAGUCUGGGACUCUGGAGGGAGAAGAAUUUGUAGAGUUCUAUAAGUCAUUGACUCAGCGUCCAGAGGUGCAGGAACUGUUUGAAAAGUUUUCAUCUGAUGGGCAGAAACUGACCCUGCUGGAAUUUGUGGAUUUCCUCCGAGAGGAGCAGAAGGAAGGAGAACAGGCUUCUGACCUUGCUCUGGAACUCAUCGACCGCUAUGAGCCUUCAGAAAGUGGCAAACUGCGGCAUGUGCUGAGCAUGGACGGCUUCCUGGGCUACCUCUGCUCGAAGGACGGAGACAUCUUCAAUCCGACCUGCUACCCCCUUUACCAGGACAUGACUCAACCCCUGAACCACUACUACAUCAACUCCUCCCACAACACCUACCUGGUGGGGGACCAGCUUUGUGGCCAGAGCAGCGUGGAGGGAUACAUACGGGCCCUGAAGCGGGGGUGCCGCUGUGUGGAGGUGGAUAUAUGGGAUGGACCAAGCGGGGAACCUAUUGUUUACCACGGACACACCCUGACCUCCCGCAUCCCAUUCAAAGAUGUUGUGGCCGCUAUAGGACAGUAUGCCUUCCAGACAUCAGACUAUCCAGUCAUCUUGUCGCUGGAGAACCACUGCAGCUGGGAGCAGCAGGAAAUCAUAGUGCGCCAUCUGACAGAGAUCCUGGGGGAUCAGCUACUGACAACAGCCUUGGAUGGGCAGCUUCUCACUCAGCUGCCCUCCCCCGAGGACCUUCGGAGGAAGGUCCUUGUGAAGGGGAAGAAGCUAACGGCUGAGGAAGAGGAGGAAGAGCCAGAGGCUGACCUGGAGGCAGGGCAGGAGGCUGAGCUGGACUUGGAGGCCCAGCUGGAGUCUGAGCCCCAGGAGCUGAGCCCUCGCGGUGAGGACAAAAAGAAGGUUGUGAUGUGCCCGCUGUUGUGUCGGCCUUUGUGUUGUCAGAUUAUGGCCCAGGCUCCUAUUUCCAAGCCUGGGCUUCUUCUCUUACCCAAGCAGAAACCCAAGGCCAUCUUGUGUCCAGCCCUCUCUGCCCUGGUUGUCUACUUGAAGGCUGUCACAUUCUACAGCUUCACUCACUCGAGGGAGCACUACCACUUCUAUGAAACAUCAUCUUUCUCUGAAACCAAGGCCAAGAACCUUAUCAAGGAAGCUGGCGAUGAGUUUGUGCAGCAGAAUACCUGGCAGUUAAGCAGAGUAUAUCCCAGUGGCCUGAGGACAGAUUCAUCCAACUACAACCCCCAGGAAUUCUGGAAUGCAGGCUGCCAGAUGGUGGCUAUGAACAUGCAGACAGCCGGGCUGGAGAUGGACCUGUGUGAUGGGCUCUUCCGCCAGAACGCUGGCUGUGGCUAUGUGUUGAAGCCAGACUUCCUGCGUGAUGCCCAGAGUUCCUUCCACCCUGAGAGGCCCAUCAGCCCUUUCAAAGCCCAGACCCUCAUAAUCCAGGUAAUCAGUGGUCAGCAACUCCCCAAAGUGGACGACACCAAAGAACAGUCCAUUGUGGACCCCCUGGUAAGAGUGGAGAUCUUUGGCGUCCGCCCGGACACAAGCCGGCAAGAGACCAGCUAUGUGGAGAACAAUGGUUUUAAUCCAUACUGGGGGCAGACGCUGUGCUUCCGGGUCCUGGUACCUGAACUGGCCCUACUGCGUUUUGUGGUGAAAGACUAUGACUGGAAAUCCCGAAACGACUUCAUUGGUCAGUACACCCUGCCGUGGAGCUGCAUGCAACAAGGUUACCGCCACAUACACCUGCUCUCCAAGGACGGCCUCAGCCUUCACCCAGCUUCCAUCUUCGUGCACAUCUGCACACAGGAAGUGCUAGAGGAGGCUGAAUCUUAAGGCGGCCACAGGAGGAGUGGAUUCACUGGCUGUAGAUGGUGAGAAAAAUGAAAAAACCUGGAAGGAUGCUUCAGAAAGCAAACAGUGGUACAAACUCGAGCUUUGGACUAUGCCUUUUCAGGCACAAAAUGACUUGGUCCUUCCUGACAAGUAAAUGUAGGACCCGAUUUUUCACCUUCUUUCUCUUACCUUUCUUCGUUUUCACAAGACUCUUGGCAUCAUUCCUGUCCUUUCCCUCUGCAGACUCUACACUGGAAUUCCUUCCUUCCUCUGGUUAUAGGCUCAACACCACACCCAGAUCUAGGACAGUGCUUUCCACCAACUCUGGCUCAAAGGCAGAUUGCAGCUAGAAAUCCAAAGAAGGGCUUGGGGGCAGAGAAACUCCAAACCCAAACUUCUCACCCCUAUCUUCCUCAAAGUCCAGAGCCAAGGGAAAGACAAAUUGAGCCUCAAGUCUCCCCAGGCAAAGGCUGGGGAAGGAGAUCUGAUCCCCUGUAUUAUGACUCUCAAGAGAACACUGCAUGGCCCAG